CAUGACUAAUUAUCCAUGUUUUCCCUUUUACUCCAGGUGCUGUCAUUUAUCACCUUCAUCUGCUAUAUUGCAUCUUCAGCUGCAGCUUUCAUGAUGGUACCGCUCUUAGAGUUUCUAAUGGCAGUGUUCCUUUUCUUUGCCUAUGCCUCUAAGCUUAAUGAGAAGUUCAAAGGAAUCUGCUGGCCUUUGUCGGAUUUCUUGCGCUGUGUCACUGCCGCCAUUAUAUAUUUUGCCAUCUCAAUUGCUGCAGUCUCAAAAUAUGCAGAUGGAGCAUCCAAAGCAGCAGGAGUAUUCGGAUUCAUAGCCACAGUAGUGUUUGCCAUCGAUUUCUACAUUACCUUUAACGACCUGGUCACAUUUCUUAAACAAGGCAAUUCUUCCAACGAUAAUGAAGCGCAGAAGUCAGAAGAUGAGAACUCUGAUUCGGACUCGGACUGAAGAACAGAGCAUUGACAGACUGUGGUGUCUAAGGGAAGGAAGGACCAAGCACUUUCCUAUUUGCUGAAUGCACUGCCAACUGACAGUUUUCCCCUUCUGCUUUGGGUCUCUGGCACCAGUAUUCUCCCUCUUCACCUCACUGGUUACAGGCUUACCAAAGCAAGUGGUGCAGUGACGUGUGGGGAGGAGAAUACGCCCCUGGCAGGUAUAAUUUCUUUGGAAACAGAUGAUUCUGCAGCAGUUCAGCCUGGUGCAGAGAUCCAUGUGUUAACAUGAAUCUCAGCUCUCCUUGGCCUACCCUUGUUCAGCGCUACAAUUUACUGAGUGAACAGGAACAUAGUAUUGUAACAGAGCUUAUCUUUUAACAUGCUUUCUUUAUUCCAAACCUUUUAUACUUCCAGCUUUAAUCUUUCUUGCUAUACCAAAGUCAAGAGGCAUGAAAUGCCUUUUAAUGUUUUGGGGUUUUUGUCAGAUUAAGCAGUAUUUUUGUAGAUGAAGUCACAGUACCUUUCCUAUCUCCAGCACUGGUGGUGUAGGGUAUAGUGAAUGCAUGGGGUUUCACACUGCAUUUAACUCCGUCUCUGCUGCCUACAUGUGACAAGGAGAAAAUAAGCAGCAGGAAAUGUGAAACAUGAACAAAUCUCAAAGCAAGUCUGAGCCUUGGCUCAGAUACUGGCUCAGUGGACCUUACAUUUUCCAUCAUCUGUAGAAUUUGCUAGGGACAAGUCGCUGACUUCCCAAGCUGCUUUCUUGGGACUUCCCAGCCUUCUCAUCUUUCCAAAAUGGGGCUGAUGCACCAUCCUAACCUCACCUUCCUGCCACCUUCACAGAAGCCCCCAGUACGGUCUGCAUGUUUACAGCUCCAGGUUACUGCAGAAUGUCCAGGCAGGGCUGGCUCAGAGCCAUUGUAGCAGCCUGCAGGGACUUUGGAGUGAGGCAUCGCUGCCUAAUUUCUUGAUCCGUACUGUUAGUAGCACUCCAGUCAAGAGCAAUGGGUAGCCCAGGUCUGAGAACGUCUGGGCUCCCAGCUCCUGACCAUCAUGCUGCCAUGAAUGCUGGGGUACAGGACACGACACAGAGAAGUCUUCUGCAAAGCUCAGGACAGCUCUAACCUAGGAGGGCAAGACUCCCUCCCCACUGUGAAGAGGCGAAGUCCAGCCUCGCAGUUAGUGCAGUGAAGCUGGUUUUCCCUCCCCACUCAGGUUUUUUGGAAAGAGGACACAGCUUGUCCACUGUAGCAUUUCUGGAAUAAAUCCCUGCAUUUAUGAACAGGGUUCUCUUAAGGGAGACUAUUUUCACAGGUAACAUAAGCUACCUGGAAUAGUCAGAGCUGGAGAGAAUGCCAGUCCAUAUCCCAAGCAAUUAUGCCAAAUGACUUUUUGCUUGUAGCAUUUGCUUUUAACUGUUUCAAAGAAUUUUUUUUUUUUU